AUGGCUGCACAUGAUGAGGCAGGCGAGUUGGAUAUUCUCCGAUGCAGUCUCCCCAGCGACAAACUGCACCUGCACGGCAUCAGGUCUGUCAUCAAAUGUUGGGAAAGCAACAACAGGCACGACCCGGCCCGGAACAGAGAUCGACUCGAUACUGUAUCUGUUCAGUUGGAAUGGGAAGCUUCUGAUGAAGUCCCAGAGCCGCUUUUGCUGAAUGCUUCUAAGCAGUAUUUCUUCAAAACAUCUAAGCUGGAUUUCAAAAUCCUGAUGGGUGAUCAGGAUAACAUCGCAGAGAACUUGUUCUCAUCUAUCCAGGCAUUCUCACCGGCUGUGCGGGAUAUUUUUGAAUGCUUUGAUUUUCAUAUACAAGUCGAGCGACUGGCCAAAGCGAAUCUUCUUUAUCUGGUGGCUGAGAAAUUCACCAAUAUCGAUUUGCAUCCCGAUGAACUGAUCCGCAAGUUUGCAGAACUCUCAAAUGAAACAGCUGGGGAACACUUUACACCCCGGGAAGUGAUCCGGCUGAUGGUGAAUUUGCUCUUCAUUGAAGAUGAUGAUGCAUUGACCAAACAGGGUAUUGUCCGUUCGCUGUACGAUCCGACAGAAUACGAUGGAACAGUUCCUAUUUGCCAUAUUGAUGCGUACCGCCUGAAUGACACCGACGAAUUUCUGGAAUUAGACCUGGAUAAUACAAUUCAGGUGAACUGGCUGCUGGACAUGUGCCGCGAGUUCUUUGAUUUCAACGAUGACCGUAUCACAACUGAGAACUGGGAACAGCUCUACGAUACGGCACUCGCAAAAAUGUCUGUAGACAAUUGGGAACAACAAGUUCUUCAGCAAAGUAAGCUGGAGAAGGUUUUUCUCACCAAUGACUUUGAUGACAAACUCGAAGGUUUUGACACCAACGUCUACGUCCCCUGUUUACGUACGGAUGAUCUGGUCUUUCACUUUUUGAAGAAGUCUGUGCGAAAUCGUUUACAGGAAGCUUCUGGUAUUGAAGUCAUUGAUGCAGCGACAUUCCGUGAGGCCAUCGGGAAGCUCUUCGAUCAUUUUGUGGGAAAAAAUGUCAAAGCGUGUGCCAUCUCGAUCCCACCCAACUUUUCGCCAAGCAAAGUCGAUGCCGGGGCUGCAGCCUCUGUCAUCAAACGUCGUGGCUGGACCGAAGAACAGGAUGAAACCAUCAUCGGCAGGCUUCCGGAGUGCGACAUUCAACUCCCUUCUAAUAUGGUUUCACGUAGACAUGCACGCGUGAUUCGCGAUGGUGCUCAGUUCCUGAUCGAAGAUAUGGGAAGUGGAAACGGGACGUUUCUGAAUGGGCAAAAAAUUGAAGGCUCGCAACGCCUGAAAGCGAAUGAUCGCGUGAAAUUUGGCCCGAUGUUAAUGCGUUUCGAUAGCGAUGUUGAUGAUGACGACAGUUCUGCGUCAUCCGCGCUACAACACGCUGCCAAUCUCGGAUCACUGGAAGUGAGCGAUGCGGACGAUGGAUCAUCGACAAUCGUCGGAUCACUCGACAGUUCUACCUUAGGCAUUCUUGACUCACGACCUCAGGAGAAACUCAAAGCUGUCCUGGAUAUCAGUCGAGCAUUGGCAGGGACUUUGGAAGUCGAGAAACUACUUCCCAAGAUUCUGGAUUCUCUCUUCACCAUUUUCCCCGCAGCAGACAGAGGCUGCAUUCUGCUCAAGGACUCUAAAACGGGGAAUAUGAACCCUCGAGCGAUGAAACAUCGCAACGAAAGUGAAGAUGCAACUGUCAAACUCAGUCGCACGAUCCUCAGUUCUGUACUCGAUCAGAAACAAGCCAUCUUAUCCGCUGAUGCUGCCAGCGACUCUCGCUUUGACGCCAGCGAGUCUAUUUCUGCCUUGACGAUCCGCUCAAUGAUGUGCGUCCCUAUGCUGGAUUUGCAGGGUGAACCUGUAGGAGUCAUUAACAUUGACACCCAGAAUCCGAUGAUGCAGUUCCGUAAUGAGGACCUGGAAAUCAUGGUCACAGUUGCUGGACAAGCGGCCCUGGCAUACGAAAGUGCUCGCCUGCUCCAAUCGUUUGUCGAGAAGCAGAAACAGGAAGGAGAAAUGAACAUCGCGCGAGGAGUGCAACAGGCGCUCUUGCCCGAUUCCCUGCCUGACAAUCCAGACUACACUUUCUUCGCAUCAUACGAUUCUGCACAGGCAGUCGGUGGAGAUUACUACGAUGUCAUCCCGACUCGCGAUGGCAAGAUAUGGAUCGCCUUUGGAGACGUCGCUGGAAAAGGGGUUCCCGCUUCGCUCGUGAUGUCUCGAAUGUCAAGCGUCGUUCGCAGCGUGAGUGAAUUUGUGACAGAUGCAGGUGAAGCAGUCAUGGCGAUUAACGAUCACAUGUGCGCAAAAGCGACUGAGGGUCGAUUUGUCACCUUUGUUCUGACGAUUCUAGAUACAGUGAAUCACUCCAUGUCUGUCGUCAACGCAGGACACAUGUCACCUAUCAUUCGCAAAACAGAUGGAACCUGGGAAGAAUUCGACGACGACGCGAUUGGAGUCCCGAUCGGAGUCAUGGAAGGGUUCCCGUUCGAAACCAGAGAACGCAACAUCGCUGACGGCGAAGUCGUUGUCCUCUAUACAGACGGCGUCAGCGAGGCGAUGAACUUUGAUAGCGAUUUAUACGGAAUCGAACGACUGCGGGACUUGAUUACCAACACAGCCCCCAAGGCCCGAGAGAUGGGUAAAAUUAUUCGCGAAGAUGUCCGCAAACACGCGAACGGUCGACCACAAAACGAUGAUAUCACAAUGAUGGUCUUUGGGCGGGUCAAAGAGUAA